AUGCCCAGAAAGACUAUAGACUAUGGAGUGAUGCCUGAGUAUGAGAAAAGCCAGAUCAAAAGGACCUUGGAACUGGGAACUGUUAUGACAAUAUUCAGUCUUAAGAAGAGCAGCCCAGAAAGGAGGACUAUUCAGGUGAUAAUGGAAACCAGGCAGGUGGCAUGGAGCAAGACAGCUGACAAGAUUGAAGGUUUCUUGGAUCUGAUGGAAAUAAAAGAAAUUCGCCCAGGAAAGAAUUCAAAGGACUUUGAACGUUGCAAAGCAAGGCACAGAGAAGAACACUGCUUUACUGUUUUUUAUGGAACCCAGUUUGUCCUCAACACCUUAAGUUUAGCAGCUGACUCUAAAGAUGAUACUGAUAAAUGGUUGUGUGGCUUGAAUAUCUUGUAUCAAGAGGUUAUGAGUGCUCCCACACCUGCAAUCACAGAGAGCUGGCUGAGAAAGCAGAUCUAUUCUGUUGAUCAAACUAGAAAAAAUAGCAUCAGUCUUAGAGAGCUGAAAACUGUCCUUCCCCAAGUAAACUUCAAAGUGAGCAGCAUGAAGUACUUGAAGGAUAAAUUUGCGGAAAUAGGUGCUCACAAGGAAGAGCUUACUUUUGAACAAUUUCAUUUGUUCUACAAGAAAAUCAUGUUUGAACAACAGAAAUUGAUUCUUGAUGAAUUCAAAAAGGAUUCCUCUGUUUUCAUUCUUGGAAAUACUGACCGUCCAGAUGCUUCAGCAGUUCACCUCCAUGACUUCCAGAGAUUCCUGCUCCACGAGCAGCAGGAAUCUUGGGCACAGGAUCUCAGUAAAGUCCGAGAACGAAUGACAAAGUUUAUUGAUGACACUAUGAGAGAAACUGCUGAACCUUUCCUCUUUGUUGAUGAGUUCCUCGCUUACCUAUUUGCAAAAGAAAACAGUAUUUGGGAUGAGAAAUAUGAUUCAAUAGAUGUGCAGGACAUGAAUAAUCCUUUGUCCCACUACUGGAUUUCCUCCUCUCAUAACACGUACCUGACAGGAGACCAGCUUCGCAGUGAAUCCUCCACAGAAGCUUACAUCAGGUGCCUCAGGAUGGGAUGUCGAUGUAUUGAGCUGGAUUGCUGGGAUGGUCCUGAUGGGAAACCCAUCAUUUACCAUGGAUGGACACGAACAACAAAAAUCAAAUUCGAUGAUGUAGUGCAGGCAAUCAAAGACCAUGCCUUUGUUACAUCUGAAUACCCAGUGAUUCUGUCAAUUGAAGAGCACUGCAGUGUGGAGCAGCAGCGACACAUGGCCAAAGUGUUCAAGGAGGUGUUUGGGGAUCAGCUUUUGAUGAAGCCUGUUGAAGCCAGUGCAGAUCAGCUCCCAUCACCAACCCAGCUGAAAGAAAAAAUCAUCAUCAAGCACAAAAAACUGGGGCCAAAGGGAGACAUUGAUGUGAACUUGGAAGAAAAGAAAGAAGAAAAGAAGCAACAAGGAGAACUUUACAUGUGGGACACAAUAGAACAGAAAUGGACUCGGCACUACUGCGCUAUUGCUGAUGAAAAGCUUUCAUUCAGUGAUGAUAUAGAACAGAAUGCUGAUGAUGAUUCAUCCAAGGAGGUGAAACGAACUGAACUGCACUUAAAAGAGAAAUGGUUCCAUGGGAAAAUGAAAGGGGGGAGAACAACUGCUGAGAAACUGCUCCAGGAAUAUUGUGCUGAAAUGGGUGGCAAGGAUGGGACAUUCCUGGUUAGGGAAAGUGAAGCUUUCCCUGAUGACUACACUUUGUCCUUCUGGAGGUCAGGCAGAGUCCAGCACUGCCGGAUCCGUUCCACCAGUGAUGGGGACGCUGUGAAAUACUACCUGACAGACAACCUGACCUUUGACAGCAUCUAUGAUCUCAUCCAACACUACAAGGAGGCCCACCUGCGAUGUGCUGAGUUUGAGCUACGCCUCACCGAUGCUGUGCCCAACCCCAGCCCUCACGAGACCAAAGAUUGGUACUAUAACAACUUGAGUCGGGGUGAGGCAGAAGACAUGCUCAUGCGAAUUCCUCGCGAUGGAGCCUUUCUCAUUAGGAAGAGAGAUGAACCUGAUUCUUUUGCCAUGACUUUCAGGGCAGAGGGGAAGGUGAAGCACUUCAGAAUCCAGCAGGAGGGGCGGCACUUUGUGCUGGGCACCUCGGCCUACUUUGAGAGCCUGGUGGAGUUGGUGACCUACUACGAGAAGCACCCACUGUACAGGAAGAUGAAACUGCGCUACCCCGUGACAGAGGAGCUGCUGGAGCGCUACAGCACGGAAAAAGAUAUUAAUUCCCUCUAUGAAGUCAAGAUGUAUGUGGAGCCCAGUGAAAUCACCCCCACAGUGCCUCAGAGAACAGUGAAAGCCUUGUAUGACUACAGAGCCAAAAGGAGUGAUGAAUUGAGCUUCUCUCGAGGAGCUUUAAUUCAUAAUGUCACAAAGGAAACUGGAGGCUGGUGGAAGGGGGAUUAUGGAGAAAAAGUCCAACAUUAUUUUCCAUCUAAUUAUGUUGAAGAUCUGUCAUCUGAUAACUCUGCUGAGCUUGAAAAUCAGAUCAUUGAGGACAACCCACUGGGCUCUCUGUGUCGUGGCAUCCUGGUGCUCAAUACAUACAACGUUGUGAAAAUGCCACAAGGAAAACACAAAAAGCCUUUUGUCUUCAUUCUGGAACCUAAGAAUCCAGAAGAUCCAUGUGUUGAGUUUGCAACUGAUAAAGUAGAAGAACUCUUUGAAUGGUACCAAAGUAUCCGUGAGAUCACCUGGAAAACAGCAGAAGAGGAGAACAGGAGGAAAUACUGGGAAAAGAAUCAGUUAAUUGCCAUUGAAUUAUCUGAUCUAGUAAUCUACUGCAAGCCAACGAGCAAAACCAAGGACAAUUUAGACAAUCCUGAUUUCAGAGAAAUCCGUUCUUUUGUGGAAACCAAGGCAGAGAGCAUUGUGAAGCAAAAGCCACUGGAGCUGUUGAAGUACAACCUGAAGGGGCUGACUCGUGUCUACCCCAAAGGACAGAGGGUUGACUCAUCCAACUAUGACCCAUUUCGCCUCUGGCUUUGUGGCUCCCAGAUGGUGGCUCUGAACUUCCAAACUCCAGAUAAAUACAUGCAGUUGAACCAUGCCUUGUUUUCCCUGAAUGGACGCACUGGCUACGUGCUGCAGCCAGAGAGCAUGAGAAAUGAGGAGUAUGACCCAAUGCCAAAUGACUCCAAGAGGAAAUUGCAGAUGAUUAUGACAGUUAGGGUUUUGGGUGCUCGUCAUCUCCCUAAACUUGGUAGAAGCAUUGCCUGUCCCUUUGUAGAGGUUGAAAUUUGUGGGGCUGAAUAUGACAACAGCAAAUUCAAGACAACAGUUGUGAAUGACAAUGGCCUUAAUCCAAUUUGGGCACCUUAUGCAGAGCAAGUGAGAUUUGAAAUUUACGACCCAAAUCUGGCGUUCCUGCGCUUCGUUGUUUAUGAGGAGGAUAUGUUCAGUGAUCCCAACUUCUUAGCACAUGCCACUUUUCCCAUCAAAGGAAUCAAAUCAGGUUUUAGGUCAGUUCCUCUCAAGAAUGGCUACAGUGAAGAUAUCGAGCUGGCCUCGCUGCUGGUGCACUGUGAGAUGCAACAAGUUCUGGAAAGUGAAGAGGAGCUUUAUUCCUCCUGUCGGCAGCUUCGGAAGCGCCAGGAGGAGCUGAACACCCAGCUGUUCCUCUAUGACAGCCACAUGAACCUGAGGAACCCCAGCAGGGAUGCAAUUCUGAAAGAAUUCAACGUCAAUGAGCACAAACUACAGAUUUAUCAGGAGACUUGCAACCGCAGAUUAAAGGAGAAGAAAGUCAGUAACAGCAAAUUCUACUCUUAG